AUGGCUUUGGAGGAGGAGGUGAAGGUGGUGGUGGAGAGUGGUAGUAGUAUGGUUUCGGUGGAGGAGGUGAAGGUGGAGGCGGUGAGUGAUAGUAGUAUGGCUUCUUGGGUGGGGGCGGUGGAGGUGAAGGUGGUGGAGGAGAGUGAUAAUACUAUGGCUUCUUUUUGGGAGGUGGUGGUGGUGAGUGAUAGUAGUAUGGCUUGGGUGGAGGAGGUGAAGGUGGAGGAGGAGAGUGAUAGUAAUAUGGCGUAG